AUGGCUUCUAACGAAAGAUCAAGCGAUAUUACAUUAGAAGAAACCACCAAAGAUAACUCUAGUACAAAUAGUUCUUCUCAAACUACAGCACUACCUGAAAUUGAUUACAAUAUUGUUGAUGCAUUACCUCCACAAAAGAACACAGAGAAAAAUGAUAUUGAGAUAGAGGAGCAGGAUGAUAUAAAAAAAGAAAAGAAAAAACCAACACCUGAUCAAAAGAUUACAUUAUCUCAACUAUUUCGUUUUGCUACCUUCACCGAUAAACUUUUAAUGAUAUUUGGAAGUGUGGGUGCAAUGGGAAACGGAGCAUCGGUUCCCUUAAUGACAAUUGUAUUCUCGUCGAUAAUUCAGGCUUUUCUCAAUUUUACCAUCGCUAUAAUAAAAGAUCCGGCUAGUGCAAGUGAAGCAAGAGACACAUUAAAUCACGAUCUCCGAAAAAAUUUAAUUUAUUUUGUGGCGCUCGCAGUUGGUGUAUUUAUACUUGCAUAUGCACAAUUAGCAUGUUGGAUGCUCGCUGGCGAACGACAAGCUAAGAGAAUUCGUCAAUUAUAUUUUGCUGCAGUUUUACGACAAGAUAUUGCAUGGUUUGAUUCGGUCGCUACAGGGGAUGUUAUUUCACGCAUAUCCAGUGAUGUUGAAGUAGUUCAGGAUGGAAUUUCAGAAAAAUUAGCAGGAAUUAUUCAAUACCUGACUACAUUUUUUUCGGCAUUUAUUAUUGCAUUUUUCAAGGGAUGGCGACUUGCGUUAGUCUUAUGCUGUAUUUUGCCAUUACUUACUGCUUCUGGAAUUUUCAUGGCAAAAUCGUUAUCAAACUUUGCUACUCGUGGACAAGAUGCGUACGCCGAGGCUGGCGCGGUAGCCGAACAAGUGCUUUCUAGCAUUAAAACAAUUGCUGCUUUCGGUGGUCAAGAACGUGAAGCCGCACGCUACAAAAAAAAGCUUGAUGCAGGUUAUGAGCUCGGAAAGAAACAAAGUAUCGUACAAGGAAUCGGAAUCGGCUCAAUAAUGCUUAUUGUGUUCUCGACAUAUGGGUUGGCAUUCUAUUAUGGGGCCAAACUUGUGGUCGAGCAUAAAAUGGACAGUGGACAGGUUGUUAAUGUGUUCUUUGCGGUGCUUAUUGGCGCAUUCGCGCUAGGAAAUGCCGGACCAAAUUUCGGUAAUCUCGGCACAGCUUUAGGCGCAGCAGCAAAAUUAUAUGCUGUAAUUGAUCGCGUACCUGUUAUUGAUGUAACCUCUGAUAACGGCAAAAAACUCGAUAAAUCAUCAGUAAAAGGACGAAUCGAAUUCAAAAAUGUAAACUUCCAUUAUCCGUCACGCCCAGAUGUGCCAGUUCUUAAGAAUUUCAGUUUGACCAUAAAACCUGGACAAACUGUCGCUCUGGUUGGCAGUUCUGGCAGUGGAAAAUCGACUAUUGUCAAUCUACUUGAACGUUUUUAUGAUCCUAUUAGUGGACAAGUGAUUAUAGAUGGAGAAAAGAUUCAAGAUAUUAAUAUUAAAUCACUACGGAAACAUGUUGGUCUCGUCGGUCAAGAACCUGUUCUCUUCCCUGCGAGCGUGAGGGAAAAUGUUGAAUGGGGUAGUGCGGUUGAUGGAAAAAAACCAACUUUGGAAGAGAUUAUCGCGGCGUGUAAAAAAUCAAAUGUCCAUGAGUUCAUUGAUCAAUUACCAGAUAAAUAUGAAACAUUAGUCGGUGAAAAAGGUGCUUUAAUGUCUGGAGGUCAAAAACAAAGAAUCGCGAUUGCACGUGCUCUGAUAAAAGAUCCAGCAAUUCUUCUUCUCGACGAAGCCACUUCAGCUUUAGACACAGAAUCCGAAGCCUUAGUGCAAGAAGCAUUAGACGCUGCGUCAGAAAAUCGUACCACAGUAGUUAUUGCUCAUCGAUUGUCUACUAUAAAAAACGCUGAUAUGAUUGUCGUCAUGUCAAAAGGAGAAAUCGUUGAAGUGGGAACUCAUAACGAAUUAAUUGCACGACAAGAUGUAUAUUACGGUUUAGUCAAAGCUCAAGACGAAAGUAUCAUCAAGAUUGAUGAGGAAGGCGAUGACGAAAAACGAGAGAAACUUGUAAAACGAAUAACAACAAAAGCUUCAUCGAAUCAUUCAGUGCAUGAAAAAGAAGCCGAAGAGGAAGAUUAUAGCAAAUUAUCAGCACCAUGGCUUCGAGUUGCUAAAAUGAGUCGACCUGAUAUCUUGUAUGUUCUCGUCGGCUCUUUUGGUGCAGCUGUAAUGGGUUGCGUCAUGCCAUUGUUCUCUUUAAUCUAUUCAACUAUUUUGAAUAUUUUCUCGAAAACUGAUCCAAACCAAUUAAGACAUGAUGCAAACUUUUGGGCUGGCAUGUUUGUAGUACUUGCUGGUGCCGCAUUUAUUGCAAUUACAGGAUACAGAAUUACUACAAAAAUAAGAGAUAUGACAUUCCGAGCACUCUUAAGACAAGAGAUGGCAUUUUUCGAUGAUGAAAGAAAUUCAACGGGGGCUUUAACUUCGAAAUUGUCAACCGAAGCUACACAAAUUCAAGGGUUAGUCACUAUUUGUGGAACAGUUGUGCAAACAAUAAGCUCUUUGGUUGCGGGAUUGUUGAUUGCUUUUAUUAAUGGAUGGAAAUUGACAUUGGUCGUAUUUUCAGUAUCUCCUUUAUUGGUGCUUGCUGCUUAUCUUGAAAUGAAAGCUCACGCAGGUUUCGGGGCAAAAACUGCCAAGGCCUACGGAGAUUCCGGCAAAAUUGUACAACAAGGUGUUUCGAAUAUGCGAACAAUUGCAUCAUUGAAUCGGGAGGACACAUUUAAAGCACUUUAUAAAGAUGCUAUUGCCGAACCGCAUAAAAUCGCUGUUCAUGGUGCUUUGGUUGCUUCCAUCGGAUUUGGGGCAUCGCAUGCUCUUCAAUUUGGUGUUUGGGCUUUGGCGUUUUGGUAUGGUGGAAAAUUAUUGGGUGAUCAAGAAUACAAUCUGAAACAAAUGCUUAGUGUGCUAUUUGCCAUCGUGUUUACUGCUCAAAAUCUGGGACAAAUGAGUAUGUUCGCUCCUAAUACAGCUAAAGCCAAAGUCGCCGCAAUAUCCAUCUUCAAAUUGCUUGAUCGAAAUUCAUCAAUUGAUCCGGAUGAUGUUGAAGGAAAAAUCAGACCAGCCCCGGUAACCGGUGAAUGUAAUUUGUCUAAUGUGAGAUUCAGAUACCCGGCACGAAGAAAUGUCAAAAUUCUAAAAGGUCUUGAUGCUGGAAUUCCCGCCGGAAAGAGUGUUGCAUUCGUUGGUCCAUCCGGUUGUGGUAAAUCAACUAUUAUCUCUUUGUUACUUCGAUAUUACGAUGCUGACUCUGGCGCCGUAAAUAUUGAGCGUACAAAUGUUAAAGAUUGGAAUCUCGAAUAUAUGAGGGCGAAUAUGGCGUUGGUUGGUCAGGAACCGGUUCUUUUUGAUCUAACUAUUGGGGAGAAUAUUGCAUAUGGAAAAGAAGGAUGUUCACAAGAGGAGAUUAUUGAAGCAGCAAAACGAGCAAAUAUUCAUAAUUUUGUUACGAGUUUACCGUUGGGAUAUGAUACGCCUGUUGGUGAAAAAGGAACUCAAUUGAGUGGUGGACAAAAACAGCGCGUUGCAAUAGCACGAGCAUUAAUUCGAAAUCCGAAGAUAUUAUUGUUAGAUGAAGCAACAUCAGCACUCGACUCCGAAUCCGAAAAAGUUGUACAGAACGCACUAGAUCGCGCCUCAACAGGUCGCACUACUAUAACAAUAGCGCAUCGUUUAUCGACGAUACAAAAUUGUGAUUUGAUCUUGGUGAUUAAAAAAGGAAAAGUAGAAGAAGCAGGGAAACAUUUGGAUUUGAUUGCUCAACGCGGACUUUAUUUUGAAUUAGUCACACGGCAGACAUUAACUAAGGGACAUGCGGAUCUUUAA